CUAAUAUGUUUAAAGGACUAUUUCAACCGAAGGAUAAGCGCACUCCUGAUGAAAAGGCAACUUUUUGUGUAAUUCAAUAAUGGGUAGUAUGCCGACAUGAAAAAGGAGAUCAAAAAGAGCAGUUACACUGUUUUGAAGGAAAUUCACAAGUUGGAGAAUGAAAUGAAGAGAAUUGAUAGAAGUAUUAAAUUGGAGGUGAAAAAGGGUUCACCUCAGUCUGUGAUAAGAAUUAAGUGCAGAACGUAUCUGCAGGCGCAAAAAGGUAUCGAGAAGUUAUAUACUGUAAAGGCCAACAUCGAGAGUACUCUCACUCAAAUGGCAUUGCAAAAGGCCAAAAUGAUCGAGGCUUUAGCUAUUCAGAAAGGAACUGUCGUUUUGAAAGAUAUGUCAGUAGAUAUGUCAGCCCAGGAAAUGAUGGGUAUUGUGCGAGAUUACACAAGAGAGUUGGAGAAGGUAUUUUCUGUCGAGUGUUUUCAUUUGAAUAGUUCAAUUUCACGUCUUCGCUCACUGAUGAUGCAUUUGAACUAUCGCCUGACAUGGAAGACGAAGUAGAUGAAGAAACCGACAAAGUACUAUUUGAAGUCGCCGGCGUGCGCAUGAAGGAUCUUCAGGGUCCUGGUGCUAGUCAGCUCGAAGCAAAACAAACGAAGGAAGCAAGUCAGGUUGCAUCCAUGUUGCCCUCCAUUUCUU